ACAAAUGUAAUUGUAUUCCUGUUCCGUGGGUUGGUCUUUUACUUCCAAACCACGGACCGGAAGCCCUGUGUGUCGCUUAUUGCCGCUGCCUCGACUGAUCUGUGCGCAUCUGAUCGAGCUGGAAUAGCAAAUUGGGAACAUUUGGGCCCUCUCUCCCCCGCUGCACCGUAAGCCUCCGUGUUUCCGUCUCUGCAGCGGUCGCGCUGGCGUCGCGGGGACCGGGCGAAGCGUUCCUGUUAUGACAGCGACGGGAUGACAGCGGUCCAGUCGGAGCCGUGUUUGUUUUGUGUGGCGAAAUGAGGCAGGGGGUGGAGAGUCGCCACAGAGACGCUGGGCUCCGGCCAAACAUCGCCGCAUUUUAGCACCACUUCUUCUUCUUCUUCUUCUCCUCCCUUGCAUGCAAGGGCUUCUGCACUGAGCUGCGUCGCUGAUCGACCCGCUCGUUUUUUCUUUCUUUCUUUUUUCUUUUAAAGACAUCUAUCUUUGCAAGGUGCAUGGUGGAAAAUGCAGCUUGUUUGAGGACACCCCCCCUCCACCACCACCACCUCUCUCUCCCUCUCCUCCACAUAUCCAUCGCUGCCAUGACAGGCAGAGGUCUCCUCCGGAGCUCGGCUCGGUCGCUCGGAGAGCAGGCAGAUUGACUCGGGACGGAGGGGCCUCGCAUCCGCGGAUGCCAUUCUGUCUGUGGAUCCUGUAAACACCGUCCGAGCAAAUACACGGCGAACGUCGCUGGAGAACUGGGGGGGUGGGGAGAGGAAAAUUAAGAAGGGGUGGGGGGGAGAGAGAAAGAGAAGGAAAACAUGUCGUCUCGAUCUGCAUUACAGUCUGGAAACGACAGGAGCACCGGAGAACAUCAUGUGCCGCUCGGUGCCAGCCGCGCAGACAAGGCCACGAGCCAGUCCAGCCGCUCUCUGGGCGCCCGGUGCAGGAACUCCAUCGCCUCCUGCUCAGACGAGCAGCCGCACAUCGGCAACUACCGUCUGCUCAAGACCAUCGGCAAGGGAAACUUUGCCAAAGUCAAGCUGGCGCGCCACGUCCUGACAUGCAGGGAGGUCGCAAUAAAAAUCAUUGACAAAACCCAGCUGAACCCAACCAGCCUGCAAAAGCUUUUUCGGGAGGUACGAAUAAUGAAAGGCUUAAAUCACCCUAACAUAGUGAAGCUGUUUGAGGUGAUAGAGACGGAGAAGACCCUUUACCUUGUUAUGGAGUAUGCCAGUGGAGGUGAAGUGUUUGACUACCUCGUGUCACAUGGGAGGAUGAAGGAGGUCGAAGCCAGAGCCAAAUUCCGACAGAUUGUCUCUGCCGUCCACUACUGCCACACCAAGAACAUCGUCCACAGAGAUUUGAAGGCGGAGAACCUUCUGCUGGACGCCGACGCCAACAUCAAGAUCGCUGAUUUCGGCUUCAGCAACGAGUUCACGCUGGGGAACAAGCUGGACACGUUCUGUGGCUCCCCGCCCUACGCCGCACCUGAGCUCUUCCAGGGAAAGAAGUACGACGGGCCUGAGGUGGACGUCUGGAGCCUGGGAGUCAUCCUUUACACACUGGUCAGCGGCUCUCUGCCGUUCGACGGCCAGAAUCUAAAGGAGCUGAGAGAGCGCGUGUUGAGGGGAAAGUAUCGCGUGCCCUUUUACAUGUCAACCGACUGCGAGGGCAUCCUUCGCCGAUUUCUGGUGCUGAACCCCGCCAAGCGCUGCACGCUCGAGCAAGUCAUGAAGGACAAAUGGAUAAACACAGGGUACGAGGGGGACGACCUGAAGCCCCACAUAGAGCCCGUGGAGGACUACAGCGACCCGACUCGCAUAGAGGUGAUGGUCGGGAUGGGCUUCACCCCUGAAGAAAUCAAAGACGCUCUCCUGAACCAGAAGUACAACGAGGUCACCGCCACCUACCUGCUGCUGGGUCGGAAAGGCGACGAAAGCAGUGAUGCUCGCAGUGCUAGUACACUGUCUCUGGCCAGGGUCCGACCCAGCCCCAUCACCAACGGGACGAACAAGCACUCAUCGGCCACUGGCUCCUCUUCCUCCUCCACCUCUUCCUCCCAAAGCAAGUCGCAGCGCAGUGCCUCCACCUACCACCGACAACGGCGACACAGCGACUUCUUCCUCCACAACAAAGGCGGGCCUUCCAUGCCCGUCAUGCACCCCAAGCGGAGCCCGACCAGCACCGGGGACAGGGAGCUGCGGGAGGGCCGGAUGCCUUCGCGUAAAGCCAGCUGCAGCGUAAUGGGGAGCCACAGCCUUCCUCCCUCCAGCCCGAUGGUCAGCAGUGCCAACAACCCCAAUAAGUCUGAAAUCCCAGACCGCCGCAAAGACAUGACUGCCACCACGAAUAACAUCCCGGGAAGCACCAUGACACGCCGGAAUACAUACGUGUGCACAGACCGCUCAGGUGCUGACAGGCACUCCCUUCUGCAGAACGGCAAAGAAAACAGCUCUCUGGGCCACCGCAUGCCCACAGCGUCCCCCUCCACGCUCAGCAUGGCCGGAGCCGGCGCAGCUUCCUCCUCUUCCUCAUCGGACAGAUGCCGCCUGACACGAGGAUCCACAAUCCGCAGCACCUUCCACGGGGGUCAGCUGAGGGACCGCGGUCCACCGGUCUACUCCGCCCCGCCCACAUCGCCCACCCUGUCCCACCACGAUGCCAGCCCGCUGCCCCAUGCACGCACCAGAGCGACCUCCAACCUCUUCACCAAGCUGACCUCCAAACUCACUCGCAGGGUCGCAAAUGAAUCUGAGGGAAUCAGGAGAUUUGCGGUCACAAGUUGCCAUCUACCUGGGUAUCAAAAAGCGUCCGAGCCCCGGGCCGUCGGACGUGGCUGGAAUCUGAGAGGCGGUGGGCGGCGGGACCCUGCGGAGGUGGUACUGGCUCUGCGGGAGGCUGCGCUCGGAUGUGGCUGCCAGGUCCACCAUUCCGGCCCCUUUCUGCUCUCCUGCACCCACGGCGUGGCAGGGGGCCGCGUGGCUUUUGAGGCCGAGGUGUGCCAUCUAUCCACGGGCACCUCCGAGACUUCUAACGGGGUACGCUACACGCGACUCUGGGGGGCACCGCUAGCUUUUCGGGACAUCGCUACCCAAAUCUCAAAGGACCUUGAACUUUGAGCCAGAGGGAGUGUUUGCAUCGAGAGUGUGUUUCUGUGCGUUUAUGUGUGUGCGCCAAGUGAAUUGAAGCAGGGGCAUGGGGACCGGGUGGGGGACAGAGAUGGGGGCAAGGGGCUGGACCCUUUCAGGAAUACCCCCUCUGCACACACACAUAGACUCGCACACACCUGAGCAGUAAGGUAACGCUGACCGAAGCUCCCCACCGUCCACCCAAUCACCGACCCGGCUCAGCCAGCUUCUUCACUGAGCUACUGCAACCACUGGAUCUGGAUCAGAUGGAACCUAGUUGAAUAUUUUUUAUUGCUACUCUUAGCCAUAAUGACUCUUUAUUUUGUUAUGCUCUGAUCCUUGUUUUUACCCACUGUCACUCUCAUCUCCACAGAAAGAAACAUCCCUGCGCUAUCAGAUGUCACUGACCACCAAGUCCUUUUUUAACUCUUUUUAUAUGACAGUCACAUGUACUGUUUCAUUCUACUUUUGACCACUUACGGACAGUCGCCACACAUGAUAACAUGUCCAACUCCGUGGUCAUACGGGCGAAGGGUUGCAUUGCAUUGACUCAUGGGAACAGUCUGGCAAUGACUGUGUCAGAUUAAGGUCACUGGGAGUUGAUGUGUCUGUCAAGGCCAAUCAGAGGCUAAUGUGGAGUAACAAUAGCCAAUCAGGGAUGUAUUCUAAGUCCAAAAUGCCAAUGAGAUUUCCAAGUUCAUGAACUUGUGGAGCAAAGCUUUCCAGUUGGCAUUGUUUGGUCUGAGAUUCUCACAGCGUAGUCACUUUUUGUAAUCAUCACUGUUAUACUGCUGACUUAAUUAAAACAAAAAUUCAUAACAUGGUGGAAUUACUUUUAUAAAAAAAAAAAAAAACAUACGUACUUUCUUCAUGACUGGAAAUUAAAAAAGGAAAGAAAUUAUUUUUGGUCAAAUUGGUUCCCAUGCAGCUCCCACAAAAACCAUGAGCAAAAUACUUUUGUUUUACAGUGUGACAGUAUUAACACAAAAAUGUAUUAGCCCAAUAUAAUUAUUUAAAAAAGAGAGAAAUAAGAUUAUCAGUGCUGCUAAAAUAUCUAAAUGCUAUGUUACUAUUAUAGCUACAAUAACAUUUAGUUCCCUUCCCUGACGCAUCGAAAGUGUUGGUGUUAAAUCAUUGUUGCACAAUCUGUGCUAAGCUAUUUCUUGUACUUGAGAAACUAAUAAAAACUAAAUUAUUCCAGCCACAAGCAUCAUAAAAUCUAAAGUCAGUGUCAAAUAAACUAUCAGAGAGCCAGAAGGCUGUAUUAAAAGUUUAUGUAAACAUAUAAAAUUGUGUCAUACUUAAGCUAAAUAUGAAAUAGCCUUCUUCUGCUUACUAGUACUUCAUAAGCAAACAAUACAUCCAAGUCUAACAAUCUGUUAGCAGCUGAUUAAUUAGCCUCAGUAGCAACGUGCCAGGAGGCUUUUCUUUUACUGACAGGCAAGGUAACUCUCAAAGCUUGUUGCUAUGAUCUGUUUGCAAACACAGCUACCUUAUUAGAAGCGAUGAUUGAGUGGAAAUAUCUUUCAACACAAGCUUUGUGUUUGUUGACAAGAAUUGCCUUCCUUUAGCCGACUAGCUAGCAGCACCCGGCAACAGCUUGGGAAGCGCCACGAGAAAAUUCCAGUCGCUCCGGGACUCUUUCUGGAAUCCUCCUGGAAUUAUAUGAAACUGAAGACACAAAAGACUUUGAUUUAAAACGUUUGUAGUAAUGAGACGGUGACUUGAAAACUGUUUGAGGCUAAACAUUAUUGUGUCUAAAGAUGAGGCUUUGUCCCACUUUUCAACUUUACUCAACUAAAAUAAUGAUUUGUAGCUCGUUCUUAAGCUGGAUUUGUUCACUUAAACAAAUAUUACAGUAUUUUACUAAAUUGUGGGAACAGAUAAAUCUAGGUUUAGGGUUAUGAAUACAGACACUAUCCAGUUGCUCAAAAUCCUCAGGUAACAGAACAACAUUUUACCUGUUUGAAUACCGUUAGACUGACAGAUUGAAAUUAUGGUAGUUCCUUUUGUAGCGUGAAGGCUCUCCAUUAUAAAUAGGUUGAAGACCUCUGUCAUCCAGGGGGAGCUGAGAGUAGAGGCUUAAGUGGUGAGGGUAUUUGAUCAGGCUGUGUCCGUUUGAAGGUCUUCCAGUAACAUCCCACUCUAAGGAGACCCAGAACGAACUGGAGGGACCGUGUUUCCCUUCUGACCCGGGGAUUGCCCAGAAUGAGCUGAUGAGUGCCUCUGGUGAGCGGGAGGUCUGGGUUUCCCUCUAGAUCUGUUACUCCCACAGUAACAGUCUUUCAUUGCUCUGCAGAAUAACAAGCAACACUGCAACUCUAGUGUACUAUCAAUGCAAUGCAACUCUUGUAUUGACUCUAUUCUGUGCCAUGUGAUCUCACCUUGCUCAUCAUCUCUUGUUGGUGGGAAACACCAAAACACGGAUCAGCCAAGCAGCAGCACCUCUCAUCCCACCUCACCCUUACAUGCUGAGGUCAUGUACUUCCCCAAAUGUGCACCUCUUUAUCCCUGUAGCCCCGGUAUAAGAACUGCUCAGUCCAUUAUCGGUGACUGCGGAGAUCAGGGGGCGGGUUCUGUACCUGGACAGGCACAAUGGAGGCAAUGUGGAUACUGUUUUCUUCUUGUUAGUCCAGUUGCCUUUAAAGUGAACACCCCCCAGCGCCUUCAUACAGUACUUAUUUAAUGUAAAAAAGGAAAAUGGAAAAAAAAAAAAAACUGAGAAAGCUUUCUAUGCUCCCUCCCUGUUUUUAGUGAACAAUGUACUGUGAUAUUUGCGUAGACUACAGAGGUCAUAUUGUUUGGCUGCUGAUUUACUGUUAAAACUUUCUCUCAGUUGUGGUUUUACUCAUGGUAACCCAAACUAAACCAACCCCAUCCCACCUCCGCCCCCACAUGUCCACACCCAUCAGGACUCCACCAACUUCCUCGACUCAAACCCAUUGGUCCUUCGCCUUCAUACACACCGAGAACUUUUUUGUAUGAGUCACAGUGAGUGUUUUGGCUUCAUCCCCCCUCCUCCGCCCCCCACAGGGAAACAAUCAGCCGUAUUUCACUCUGUCAUGUCGUGUGGAAUCUUCUCGGUCCUGUUUGGUGUGUGCUGCUUCUGGGAGUCCAACAGGGGGACCUGCUGUCCUCCCCCUAACCCCUCAGGUUGAGAAGCACGCACCAACAUGGACGCCAGUCCAUGUCCUCUCCCUGGACGGUUUUCAUUGUGGUGUAUAUUAGCAUUAGGUAAUAUAGACCUCAAUGCACUUUGCUUUGACUUGAAUCAGCUCCCUCCAGUGUACCUGUGUAGGUCAUGCCCAGUACUAGUCACUGGAGGGCGCCAAUGUCUUAAAUGUGAAACACUUCAAUUUGUGGAUAUUUGCACAGGUACUUUAUUUAUUUUUUAGAAUAAUAUCAUUAAAAAAAACAGGAUUUAUAUCAGUCAGUCGAUGGCUGUAUAUAAAAUAUAUGAAUAUAGUAUAUAUCUUAGAGCUCAAGGUUUAUUUAUAGUUAGAACAAGGGAAGUAAUUCUAGAUUAAAACUGUUUCUGUCAGUGACAUGGGGGAGCAAAACUAACCUGCAAUCCUGCAUGACUUCAGAGUUUGGAUUAUGAUGGGGGGAAAAAUGAACUGUGAUGCACAUCUUGGAUUGGAGGCUUUAUGAAAUGCAGACGCCAUCAGUUUGUACAAGCUAAUUGUUCAAUGAAGCUCCAGCUCCCCCUCGCCCUUAAACCUUCCCCCCUUUUGACAGAAACAAACAGAAGGGCUCCAGUGAGAUACAGUGACUUUCUUCCACCUCGUUGUUUGACGAUAAGAGAUUUAACUUGAAUUCACACAAAUCCUGCUAAUGCCAUGACACGGUUAAAAAGCCCAGAGUUGCAAGCAAGCCAUAGAAAAGCUAUACUACUGAUGUGUGAUCUUAAAUGUGUGUGGGGAAAAAAAGAAAAGAUUAUACCUUCGAGUCACACAACUCAAUGUUAUUGCUUAAGAUGGAGUGACGUUGUCUUGAAGUGUGAAGAAUUACUGUGAAGACUUUUUAAAGGAGUAUUUAUUGGUGGGAGUUCAGAGGAAGAGAGUCCGGUCUGGUUGUUGGGAACAGAACAGUAUUACAAGCUCAGUUGGCUCAGUGUUUUACACCGACUUCAUUUCUAAAAGGAUUUUCAGAACAGCUGAUGUUGUAUGCAAAACAAACGUAGGAAUAGUCACAGUCUGACUCUGUUCUGCUGUUAAAUUUCUUCCCACAGAAGCAAAAUUGUAAACUGAGACUGGGUGGUUGUGGUAUCUGAAGAGAACAUGGAGCUGAAGUUGAAUAAAAUUCACUGAUGUUGGC